AUGGCAGCCAGAGGCUUCUGGCUGGCGCGUGGAUUCCCAUGCACUUCUGCAGCCGAUGUGCCUGUCUGCAUGGUGGAGGAGAUGAAGAAAAACAAAGGGUUGUCUUCUGCCUUGGGAGUGCCUGAACUAUCUUAUGAUCCACUGCGGGUAGUAAUCCUCUCGUCGCGGAGUAGUGGAAGCCCAGGGUCGAAGAGGAGUGGCCAUCACUCUUCGACAGGUGGGAGAGCGAGCUCGGAAUCCCGGAAUCUCGGAAUCUCGGGGACCCCCCAGGAACCUUCGGGGAAGCGCCAGGGAGCGGCCAGGAGAACUACGUUCGGCCGGGGCGACAUGGAAGCCGUUAUCAAGGACCUCUUGAUCGGCCGCCCAAGGAAUCCUGACUGGUGGAGCGCAGAAGAAGAUCUUUCAUCUGGAUACCGAAAGAAAUUCUUGAGACUCAAGAACCCAAAGGACCCAGAGAAACAACCCCUGCUGCCAACGAGAGACACCAUUUUGAUGCUGCUAUGUCUUUUGUCUUUAUGUUGGUCGCCGGUGGGGGGUGUUCACUUGAUCCCAACAACCUGGGAAUCUGUGGGUUACUUGGGCGAAACAACAGGCAGGACGGAUUUCUGUCUUAGCCUGCAAUCAACCACCUCGCCAUUUCAAACAUGUUUAAUUGGGAUUCCUAUAUGGGGAACUCCUCUGAGUUUCAGGGAUACGUAG